GAUUGUCAAAAUGUCAACUGCUGUCAGACACGAUGUCAAGUCGAUAUCAAAAUUUUCAUCUUUCGCCCCAUGCUAAGUUAAACUAAACAACAGCUUCUAUACAUUUAUUCUCAAGCUUACAAUUAUAAAAAAUAUCAGGCUUGUAAAAGAUGCCUUCAAAUGGCUAAGCCCAUACCAGACUUUGAUUUACGCAAUCACUCAAAGACCGAAGUGAUAGGAUGUAAAGAAAAAGCAUAUUUCGACGACACGCUGAAUAAAAUAUCGAAAAAUAACAGUAAAGACUUGAUAUUAGGAACCAUUAGUGGAUGGAUAACGGGUAUUGGUGUCGCCAAGAUUGGCAAAGUUGCAGCAUUUGGUCUCGGCGGAGGCGUCAUACUUCUUCAUUUUGCCAGCGACUUAGGCUACAUAAAUGUGAACUGGGAUAAAGUUAGGGAUACCAUAGGGAAGAGUCAAGAGAUUAUAGACAAGGUGGGUAGUUUCGUCAAGAAAAACAGUUGCUUCUCCGUUGGGUUUGUUGGUGGAUUCUUCUUCGGAGUGGCGUCUGCUUGCAGGUCGAGCAAAAGUAGUCUACCAGUAACUUCCACCGAAGAGGAAACUGCACCCGCAACUUUGGAGCCCAGUGUUACAGCGAAUACGCCCAUAGCUAAGCCCCCUGAACCACCAAAGCCCGAGGAACCACCACCUUUUAUAGAUAAAACUAAUUUUGUACCACCAAAACCUAUAUCACAUUCACCGAAAAUUUCACCAUCUUCAAUACCAAACCCAAAUCCUAGUGUUACGACUACGAAGCAAGUCGAAUCGGGUUAUUCAAGCUAUAGUGGCUAUUUAUAUUCAGUACCUGGAUAUUCAGCUUUUCAACCAGUGGCAUAUCCAGGGAAAGUUAAAACAAAUGCAACAGCGAUAUCUCAAAAAGAAACCUCUAACUCUGAAUUGGUCACUUUCCCGACCUCCACAAAGGAAACAGCGCCAAUUGUUUCCGAAGAAAAAAUAAUUGAACCUGAAACGACGGAAAAGCAAUCACAAAGUGAAGUACCUAAAGCACAAACAGAUUUUGAAGAAAAAUUUACACCUGAAAUCAUACCUGCCACUCCUACAAGUGAAACUAAUAAAAAUUCGAUUCCAGAAUCAAAAAUGAAUGCAACUUCACUAGCUCAGAGUUCAAGUGCCAUGGUUACAACACCUACUCAAAUAUCCAAUAAGGAGAUCAAAAAGAAACCUCCUGAAAGAUUUAGUCUAAAAACAAGUAUACCUAUAAGUAAAAUUGAUAUGAAAUGUGUAAGCAAUCCUCCUGAGGCAAUUUUCCAAAACCACUUACCUAAAAAGCCUUUUAACCCUGCUUUCCAUACUCCAAAUAUAAAAGAAAAUGGAUCCAAAAUAGAAAUCCAAAGUAACAUUGUCAUUAAAAGUGCAAUAAAGGAACCUGACGUAAAAGAAAUUGCAAUUAUAGCAACACCAUCGAACAGCAUAAAUACAUUAAUUAAUGCAGCGGAGGCUAUAAAUAAGAAUGAAUCGCAAUUUAGAAAACCUGAUCCUAAGUCUGAACAAUCUAAUGAAGUACAAGAAUCUUCAUUUAAGACUCCAGCUGUAAAAAUACAAACGCGACCAAUAUUUAACCCUAUAAACAUAGAAACAACCAAAGCUAGCUUAACAACCAAACCAGCGGAUUCAUCUUACAACGAAACAAAAAACCAAAUAGUAUUUAUACAGAAAAACAACCCAUCCAAUCCAAAAAUGCUGUUAACAAUUCAGCAGCAAAAUCCUCACGUACUGCUACAAAGAACUGAAUUCAAUUCAAAAAACCUGCAAGCUCCUUCACGACCAUCCAGCCAAAUAACAAAAUGUAAAGAAGAGCUCGUCAAUGAAAAUGGAACAUCUUCAAAAGUAGUUUCAUUAAAGCGCAUGCAUCAAGAUAACUAUGACGAGAAUGACUUCGAGAAUUUGAUAACUGAAAAUCAGAUUUAUGGCAAUAAGAUAGUCGUGAAGGAGAAAUCACAAGGAACCUUGCAAGAACAAGAUUUAAAAAAGAAAGUAAAAAUUAGUGACAAGCUCAAUUCCACUGAAUCUAAAAAUGUUGUUUUACAGCCGAAUUUUGUUUACUUGAGCAAUGUCCAAUUUCCUACAAACUUAAUGAUGAUUAAAAACAACAGUAAAGUUAACACCGAUUCAGUUAAACAGAAAACAAUGUCAAAUGAAAAUAAAUUGAAAGAAAUCUCAACUGCAAAUUUAAGUAACGAUUCGAUAGUAAAAGGCAAAGAUGCAUCAACUAACAAGGAGAUUCAUGUUUUAAAAACAAACAAUAAUGUAUUACAAACACUUACCAAUAAUAAUAAUCUCAAUGACUUAGUUUUCCAAACUUCUAAUCAGAAAGUGAUCAUGAAUCCUCAAAUAGUAUAUCAAGUGCCAAUGAUAGUUGAUUCAGAUAGUAAAUUAAACCAAUCAUUUGUAAACGGUGAAUAUGCUAAGAUGAUGGGCCAAAACAAGAGAGAAUUACAAAAGCCGUUUGAUCAAACAAAAUCGAAUGACAAACUUUUCAUAACUUGUCCGUAUCAAAUGGACUCUAAGCUGCAGCCAAAAAUUGUGAUAACAAAUAUAAGGCCUAAAGUAUCUAAAAUAGAAGAACUAAGUUCCCUAGAUGUAUAUGAACAAAGAAAGAAGCUACGCAGGCUAAAGUAUCUCUCAAAUCGGGAUACAAAAAAUGUUUCCAACAAUGAAUCUCAAAAAACUGAACCAAAAAAAGUAUUCGAUUUCACUAAAAAUGUCAUAACUCCAGAAAAAAUGAAAGCUGAAAUUUGUAAAGAAUUUGCUAAUACAAAAAUUGUUAUACGUGAGGACUGUACUGAUAGUGACAGUGAUUAUGGAGAAGAAGAUUUGAAAAUAUAUAAUUCUUUGAUAGAUGAAUAUGGAGAUUGUGAUGAAAAUAACGAAUUAAAACAAAACGAAAAAAUCAAAAUUGAGUUCCUUGCUAAUUUUAAAUUAGCUUCUCAAAACGAAUUUAACGAGAGGAACCUACAACGUCAAGAGAAGAUUCUAAGAACAGACGCUGUAGCAUGUGCUUAUAUAGCUGCAGGGAGAAUAGACUGUCUCCUUAAAGAAGAAAAUGUACCCGAGGACUCUAAAUCUAGUACAACAAAAAUAUACAAAGAUACUGUACAAAAAGAAGAUGAUGAAGAUCAACAGCCAAAACGAAAAUUUUUGUUUAAUCUAAAGUUAAAGAAAGUCACAUCACAGCAAAAGCAAGAUUACGAAAAAGUGUGGCAAGAAAUUGAAAAAGAGAGGAAACGAAGGGAUCUUCCCAUUAAAACCGGCCAAAUAUUAAAGCAACCGAAACUUCAGUCCAACAUCGAAGAACUAGACCCAAAGGACCAAUUAAAAAUACUCACUGAAAUCAAUAAACAUGUCAACGAGAACAACAUUCUUAUCAAGCGACGAUUAGACUCACAGGGCGACGAAGGUGAAAGCAUAAAAGUUCUUGCUGAAAAAAAUUUCUCGGAGCUGAAUAGGUUAUCGAAAAUGGCAGACAGAAGCGUUAAGCAUUUCAGUGGUCCAAACACGAGAAAAAGAAAUAUAAACUCUGGAUUUGACAGUGAAAAUAUCCAAAAUUGUUCAAAAUCAGCAAAAUAUUACCCAACCAUAAAUAUUCCGAAUAUUUCCAAGAUUAUCUCUUUGAAAACUACUCAAAGUUCUUGUGUAGUAGCGGUUACUCAAGCGACUUCUAUGGAUGAACCACAAAACUCAGCUUCUGGAGUUAACGAAGUGUUCUGUGAUAACUUGGAAAAAGUCCAAGACUUUAGCUGCCAAGCAGACACCUUAAGUAGUUGGCCAGGAAUUGAAGUAAUUAUGAAGACUUAUAAAGAAUAUGAAACAGCUCGCAAAAAAGAAAUUAUAGAUCUCCACAAGCGAAACACGAGUUUGCGAGUUGAAUCUGCGCACAUAACUCGAGCAGCGUCAAGAGAUUCUGAUAGGGCAAGAGCUUUACUCGCUGAACGAAGAAAUUUGGCCAAUGAAGAACGCAAUGUUCGAAACUCCAUACAAUGGUUGUACACAAUCGUCGAUCUUGUCCGAAAUUAUGGUGAAUGAUGAUAAAUGGAAUUAGAACUUGAGGAAAGGAGAUUGAAACUUUUUAACUUACAACUUGUAUUUUCAGGCCUACCUAC